UAUAGUCUGUGCGCUAGUGUUUCAUGCACUGAGAGCUGACAUCCCUUUCCGUUAAGUGUGUCUCCCAUACAGGCAUUCAUCUGAACAAACUAUGGCAAAGAGGACGAAGAAAGUAGGAGUGGUCGGGAAGUACGGCACCAGAUAUGGUGCGUCCCUGAGGAAGAUGGUCAAGAAGAUGGAGAUCACCCAACACUCGAAGUAUUCGUGCACUUUCUGUGGCAAGGAGUCCAUGAAGAGGACGUGUGUCGGCAUCUGGAGGUGUGGCGCCUGCAAGAAGACAGUCGCCGGCGGCGCCUACGUCUUCAGCACCACCGCCGCGGCCACCGUCAGGAGUGCCGUCAGACGUCUUAGAGAUAUGAAGGAACAGUAGAUUCAAAGAUCACUCGAUUAUCACUCAAUUUGUUCCCAAAGUGACGAUUAUUUGUAUUUUUUUGGUCUUAUAUUUAAUGAAUGAAUAAAAGGUAUUGAAAAGUGAUUGAAA